AAAAAAAUUGCGACGGGGAUGACGGCCGUUACGAAAAAAUAAAUAAGAAGCCAGCUGUCGCGUCUUGUCUUAGGUAAAAAGGGAAAAAUUUCGUGAACCUCUUUUCUUUUCAUCUGCGUACCACGCUACACUUGCGAAAAUAAAAACGGAUUGAAGAUUUACUACCUACUGAAGAUACAGCAAUGCAGUUAUGUUGUAAAAUAUUGCUUGCAAGUGGAGUUUGUUUAACUUUGCUUGGUCAUUGGAUUACCGUUUACUGCGUAGAGUUAACUUUUGAACUUCCCGAUAAUGCUCGGGAAUGUUUUUUUGAAGAAAUAAAAAAAAAUCAAACGGCCACAUUGGAAUUUCAGGUCGUAACAGGUGGACAAUAUGACGUAGAUGUGUCGUUGGAAAGUCCAACUAAGGAGAUUCUAUACAGACAGGUCAAAACUCAAUUCGAUUCACACCAAUUCGUAGCAGAGGCAACUGGCACCUAUGUUGCUUGCUUUAGCAACGAGUUUUCAACUUUCUCGCAUAAACUGAUCUAUAUGGAUUUUCAAGUUGGUGAUGAGCUACCUUUGCCGGGAAUUGAUGAACAUACAACAGUUCUUACUCAACUGGAAACAUCGUCUCAGGAGAUCCACAAAAGCCUCAAUGCGAUUUUGGACUAUCAGACACACCACCGAUUACGAGAAGCUCAAGGCAGGAAACGUGCUGAAGACCUGAAUGAACGAGUACUAUGGUGGUCACUAACGGAAACAAUUGCCAUUUUAGUAAUCGCCAUUGGCCAAGUUAUUGUGUUACGAAAUUUUUUUUCCGAAAAAAAACCGAGUCAAAUGAGCUAUCAACAUUUCAAGUGAAGUCUCUAAUUAUUUUUCAAACGCAUCUGUACAAACCAACAAAUCCAAACUUUGGAGAUUACAACGUGUUAAUGUUAAUCUUCAAAUAUUUUGUUCAACAUAUUAGAACAAAUACAACGUAGUUAAUGAUGUACUAAUAUCUGUUGCAAAAUUUAAAAAUAAAUAACAAAAACAUAUGAUACUUGGA